GUUAAUUACUAUGAUGUCCACAAUUUUCUUCGAAGUUUAGUUGAUCGAUCCAGACCUUUCAAACUGGAAUCCACGACUGCUGUUCAUUCUCAAUAUAUGCAAGCAAUAUCACCAAAGCAAUCAUGAAAAAAAAAGCUAGCUGUUUGUCUCAACAGUCAACCAGAGGGUCUCUUUCAUCCGAUUUCUUUAGCUUUUUUUUUUAAAUUUCCCUGGAGCUAACAACUUCGUGGGGAGCAACAAUUCAUAGAAAAUUGCACCACAACUUCUUCCAAUUUUCAACUAAAUAUGGCAUUAAAAUCUUGAUCUGCCGCCCACUGAAACUUCAGAAACUAGUUCAUUUAGAGGUUUUAAAAGCAUAGACUGAUUCUUAUAGGAUGAUUAUUUUCUUCAAGGAUCGAUAAAGCCUGAACAAGGGUCUUUGUGCUUAGCUGCCAAAAAUGAUGUACGAUGAUCUACUUGCCAGAAGCUUUAGUAAGCAUGAGCAGAAAAGAUUGAGAUAUGGAGCAUUUCUUGGCUGCUUGCUCAUUGCAUUGAGCUUCUGUACUGUUUUUAAGCCUUAUUUGGGUCCUCUGCCAGUUCUGAACUUGAAGCUGUCUAUGGGUGCUGGUUUCAAAAUGCUGAUGGUCAGAGAUACAGGCAGCUCCCCUCCUCACUUAGCAGAAAAGAAUACAAGCUACUCCCAGGAAACAACUGAGGCGGAAGAAAUCGUGACAGAGAAAAGUGAGCCUGCAACAGAGAAAACGGAGCCAGUGACAGAGAAAACGGAGCCCGUGGUGAAGAAAAUGGAGCCACUGUGCAAUGUUAUGGAACCAGGAGGAGAUAUUUGCGAAAUCAACGGGGAUGUAAGGAUUCAAGGAAAUUCAUCCUCCAUUUCCCUUGUUUCAUCUCAGAUGAGCAUCUUGGGUGCUGGGAAAAACAACUCAUGGAGUAUAAGACCUUAUGCUCGGAAAAGUGACCGGACGGCAAUGAGUCAAGUUAGAGAAUGGUCGGUAAAAUUAUCAUCGGGUCAGGAGGAAAUGAUCCCCCAAUGCAACAAAAAUCACAGCGUUCCGGCCAUUCUGUUUUCUCAAGGAGGAUAUGCAGGAAACCAUUUCCACGAUUUUACGGACAUACUUAUUCCACUGUAUUUAACUUCUCGACAAUACAAUGGAGAAGUUCAAUUUCUCACAACCGACAGAAGGCCAUGGUGGAUUGCAAAGUUCCAAGCAAUCCUAAAGAAGUUGUCAAGGUAUGAGUUGAUAGACAUCGACAGAGAAGAAGAAGUACAUUGCUUCCCACGUGUGGUGGUUGGUCUUAAACGAAAUCUCAAAGAGAUGAGUAUUGAUUCUUCAAAAUAUUCAUACUCCAUGAGCGACUUCAGAGAGCUCUUAAGAAGUGCGUAUUCGUUAAAGAAAGCUAAUGCGGUCAAACUCAGAGAUGGUCAACGUAGAAGGCCGCCCCGGCUUCUGAUCAUUUCAAGAAGGAGAACACGGUCUUUUACCAACGUACGAGAAAUCACUAAACUGGCAAGAAGCUUGGGCUACAAGGUAUACAUUGCAGAGGCGACCAUGGACGUUUCAAAGUUUGCAGAAAUGGUGAAUUCAUGCGAUGUGCUGAUGGGUGUUCAUGGAGCUGGUCUGGCUAACAUUGUUUUCCUUCCCAAGAACGCCAUUUUCAUCCAAGUUGUUCCCUUUGGGGGAUUCGAAUGGCUGGCAACAUCUUAUUUUGGAGAGCCCUCAAAGGAUAUGAAUAUACAUUACUUGGAAUAUAAGAUAAGCAAAGAAGAGAGCAGUCUGAUACAACAAUACCCCCUCGACGAUGUCGUUCUGAGUGACCCCUCUACAAUCCAGAAACAAGGAUGGGCAGCCUUCAAAUCAGUGUAUAUGGACAGACAAAAUGUGAAGGUUGAUGUGAAUAGGUUUAGACCCACUUUGUUAGAAGCCCUUGAGCUUCUGCAUCAUUAAUAGAUGUUGUACGUACUUUAACUUCCAUGUUCGAUCAUUUUUUUCAUUUUCAUUUUGGGUUUUCUAGCAAAGUGUUAGAUAUAUGUAAUUGGUUCAAAGCCUUCUCUUGGAUAAUAUUUGUAGAAGAAGGCAUUGGUAUGUCUGCAACAUGAUAUUUUAUAAGUAAAUAUAAAGUUCAUGAGGCCCAUUAUCAGAAUUC